GCGGCGGCGGGGCCGUGGCCGUCGCCGACGGCCGGCGGCUGGCGGCGCGCUCGCCGCAGCUGCGCGCCCUGUUGGCGGGCGCCGCGCUCUCGGGCGGCAGGCGCACCGUCCGCCUCGCGGCCUCGCGCGGCUUCGGCCGCCGCGCGCUGGAGGCGGCCCUCUGCUGGGCGCUGGGCCCGGGCGCAGGGCCGCCCGAGGGCUGCGCGGACCUGUGGCGGGGCGGCCCGCCGCGCCCCGUGGCGCGCUGCGCGCGCGAGGGGGAGGAGGACCCCCUCGUGGCAAGGACGGGCUCCACGCCUUCGAGCUCCUGAGCGUGGCCGUGUGCUUCGGCCUCCCCUGGCUCGAGGCAGCCGCCGAGGCGCGGCUCCUGCCUGCGGGCGGCGUUUGCGACGCCCUGGCGCUGCCGCUGCUCGCCGCCAGCUUCGGGCGGCGGCGCGCCGUGUCCUCCGCGUGCCUGCGGGCGGUGACCGAGCGGUGCCGGGAGGUGCUCCGCGGCCGCGAGCGGCAGUUGGGCGUGCUGUACGCCACGCACCCUGUGGCCGCGGCGCUCCUCUCGGGCGUGCACCGGGCUUCCGCGGAGCCGAAGCGCGGCGUCGGCGGCGCCGCGGACGCCGCGGCGGCUUCAGCGCAGCCCGGACAGGACGGGGUCCUCCUGGACCUCCUGCUAGGGCCUCGGAGGCCGCAGGCUUUCGGCGGCGGCGCGGAGGGGGCGGCGACUGCGCAGGAGGCAAAAGGCGCGGGAUAG